ACUAUCGCAUUAAUACUUGUUGUUUUGUGUACCGCUAGCUGAUGAGCCAUGAAGUAAAACAGGCUGAAUUUAAUUUGAAACGCAUGAUGACGUCAAACUUAACAGGGCACUGAAAUAAAGUCUUCCUAGAAAUGUUUAUAUGUAGAUAGCCGGCAGUCAUCGCUGCUGCACGGACUGCUUAAAUCCGGACUGCUGUGGAGCAGGGCUGCUUUAGCAGCCAGCCAAGAUGGACACCGCUGAAGAAGCCGAUAUCUGCCGGGUAUGUCGGUCAGAGGGGACCCAGGACAAGCCCCUUUACCACCCUUGUGUUUGCACCGGCAGCAUCAAGUUCAUCCAUCAGGAAUGCUUACUGCAGUGGCUGAAACACAGUAGAAAAGAAUACUGCGAACUAUGCAAACACAGGUUUGCAUUUACACCAAUCUAUUCUCCAGACAUGCCGUCUCGCCUACCUGUGCAGGACAUCUUUGCAGGGCUGGUCACCAGUAUUGGAACAGCCAUCAGAUACUGGUUACACUACACACUGGUGGCCUUUGCCUGGCUAGGUGUGGUACCGCUCACAGCAUGUCGUAUCUACAAGUGUUUAUUUACCGGCUCUGUGAGCUCUCUCCUUACCCUACCAUUAGAUAUGCUUUCAACGCAAAACCUGCUUGCUGACUGCCUCCAAGGCUGUUUUGUGGUCACAUGCACACUAUGUGCCUUCAUCAGCCUGGUGUGGCUCAGAGAGCAGAUUGUGCAUGGAGGCGCUCCUCAGUGGUUAGAGCAAAAUCAACCCCCACUGGUUCUUAAUCAGCCCAACGGCCCUGCACCAGCUAAUCAGGGUGUGGGCGGUAACGCUGCAGCCAAUGCUCAGGAUCCUGCAGAUGCUGAAGCUGCCCAGAAUCCUGCAGAGCUUGGUCCAGAUGGGCUGGCGCCUGCUAAUGUGCACGAAGCUGGCAACCAUGAUGAGGCAGAACUGGAUGAUGAUGAAGACGAUGAUGAUGAUGAUGAUGAAGGGGAGGAUGAUGACGAGGAAGAAGAGGAUGAGGAAGGGAGGGAGGAAGAUGCUGCCGAUGCCAAUGAUGGAGGACAAGAAGAUUUGAACUGGAAUGCACUGGAGUGGGACCGUGCAGCAGAGGAGCUGACCUGGGAGAGGAUGCUGGGGCUGGAUGGUUCCCUAGUUUUCUUGGAACAUGUGUUUUGGGUGGUGUCUCUCAACACACUCUUCAUUCUGGUCUUUGCAUUUUGCCCAUAUCACAUUGGUCACUUCUCAGUGGUUGGACUUGGUUUUGAAGACUAUAUCAAAGCCUCACACUUUGACGGCCUUAUAACCACCAUACUGGGGUACAUCCUCCUGGCUGGAGCCCUUAUUGUCUGCCAUGCCCUGGCUUCAUUAGUGAAGUUCCAGAGGUCCAGACGCCUGCUGGGUGUCUGCUACAUUGUUGUCAAGGUGUCCCUGCUGGUUGCCAUGGAGAUAGGCUUGUUCCCACUUAUUUGCGGCUGGUGGCUCGACAUUUGUUCACUGGAGAUGUUUGAUGCCACUCUGAAGGACAGGGAGCAGAGCUUUGACUCUGCUCCUGGCACCACCAUGUUCCUCCACUGGCUGGUCGGUAUGGUCUACGUCUUCUACUUUGCCUCCUUCAUCCUUUUGCUCAGAGAGGUGCUCCGGCCAGGUGUGCUGUGGUUCUUGAGGAACCUGAACGAUCCAGACUUUAACCCAGUCCAAGAGAUGAUCCACCUGCCCAUCUAUAGACACCUGCGGAGGUUCAUACUCUCUGUGGUGGUGUUUGGCUCCAUUGUUCUCCUGAUGCUUUGGCUUCCUAUAAGAAUCAUCAAGCUGCUGUUCCCAAACUUUCUUCCCUACAAUGUCAUGCUUUAUAGUGACGCCCCGGUCAGUGAGCUGUCGUUGGAGCUGCUGCUGCUUCAGGUGGUUCUGCCAGCACUGUUGGAGCAGGGCCACACUCGCCAGUGGCUCAAGCGCCUCAUCCACGCCUGGACAUUCACAGCUGGAUAUGCGCUUGAUCUUCACUCCUACUUGCUGGGAGACCAUGAAGAAGAUGACAACCAACAAAAUAACCAUCCUGGUCGCGUUAACAACAACCGGAUCCCGGGCCUCGGGGAAGGGCUUCACGCUGCCCAUCAAGCCAUUCUGCAGCAGGGUGGCCCCGUUGGUUUCCAGCCGUACCACCGGCCCAUCAACUUCCCCCUAAAGAUCAUUCUGUUGGUUGUCUUCAUGUGUGUCACACUGUUAUUAGCAAGUCUGAUCUGCCUCACACUGCCAGUGUUUGUGGGUCGUUGGCUGAUGUCCUUCUGGAUGGGCAGCGCCAUGGUUCAUGAGCUGUACACAGCAGCCAGUGGUCUAUACGUCUGCUGGCUGUCCAUUCGAGCUGCCACGGUGAUGCUGUCUUGGAUGCCACAGGGACGGACAGUCAUCAUGCUAAGAGUCCACGAGUGGACGCUCAUGAUCCUUAAGACGGUGGUGGUAGCCCUGCUGUUAGCUGCGGUAAUUCCUCUGCUGUUGGGUCUGCUGUUUGAGCUGGUCAUUGUUGCUCCUCUCAGAGUGCCACUAGACCAGACGCCUCUCUUCUACCCCUGGCAGGACUGGGCGUUGGGUGUGCUUCAUGCUAAAAUCAUCGCUGCUAUAACACUGAUGGGCCCUCAAUGGUGGCUUAAAACCGUUAUUGAGCAGGUGUAUGCUAACGGCAUCAGAAAUAUUGACCUCCAUUUCAUUGUGCGUAGGCUGGCUGCCCCAGUUAUCUGUGUGCUGCUGCUGUGUCUCUGUUUGCCCUACACAAUCUCUAAAGGUGUUACACCACUGUUAGGAGUACAGCCAGGGAUGCAGACACUUGUGGAGAGGAGAAUCUAUCCGUUCCUGCUCAUGGUCUUCAUCCUGUUGGCAAUCCUGUCGUUUCAGAUACGACAGUUCAAACGCCUCUACGAACACAUCAAAAAUGACAAGUACCUGGUUGGACAGCGACUGGUAAACUAUGAACGUAAGGCGGGCAGGAGCGUGUCCUCCUACAGCACCUCCUCAUAGACCGAACCGUGCUGUGGGAUCAGUGGAGCACACUCACACUAGCCCAUCACCAGUAGCCACCAUCAACGUAUUGCGGUGAAACCUCUUUUGUUUUCUUCCUGCUCGGCUGUCUGCUUCAAACGCAGCCUGUAAACAGUGCAGCCGAGUCCUUUAAUUCGGCCUCACACACCGCAGUCACAGGGACAGGUUAGAGAGGGAAGGCAGACGGAUCCUGAUCACCAAACCUGCAGAAGCUGACAGCGUGACUGAAACUCGUCAACUGUCCAUCCUGGUAAACGUUCAUGCCCAAUGCAGCUGAAGUUUUCAUUUGUAUUUCACUUGUUUUUAAAAGGCUUUGUGUUGAAGUCAGAUUUUUUUACCUCAGACUGUGCUUCCCUUUGAGUGAAUGUUGUAAAAUAGUGUCUGGGUCACACUUUGUUUAGACCUGUACAUAACCACAACAAGAAUCCCUCUCUGUUCCUGUGUGCAUCAACAAGUUUUCCUCACCUCCCUUUAUCAGAAUGAAGUAGUCAGUGAUGAGGAGAGACAUGAAUGACGUAGCAAUGUGAUUGUAUUUUUUUCCUUUUUGUGUUUUUUUUUUUUUUUUUUUUAUUAGAUGUGUGCGUUCAUAGAUUUUUAGUAUUGUGUAUUUCUUGAGUGAGCUGGUAGGUGACCCUUUGAGAAUUAGAAAAAAUAAAAAUUGCAUUUCUUUAUGGCCAAACUCGCCAA